GUAACCAACUGCCCCAGUGAGGUACUUAGCUUAUAUAGGUGAGUACAUGUAUUGACUUGAACCCGAGGAUGCGGGUAGCGUGAAACUAGUAGAAGCUACUCGGUUGACAAUGGCCCGGCAUAUGGAGAAAGCACGACAUCGAUAAAUACCUAAUAGGCUCUCCCCGGGACGCACCCCGCAUGCCCCGUCCCCGCCGUUACACGGCUUAUUAAAUGUGCGGUCGUUAAGACUUUCCAUAACUUCGUUUUCUUUAUUACGUAGCUAUUUUUAUUUACUUUCUCUCUGUAUGCUAAAAAUCCUGACUACUAGACUUGCUACUCUCAUUCGUAUAUACUCUUCCCAGCUUAGAAGAUACAUCGUCCCCUCCAACAACACCAUGAAGCUCCUCUACCCCACAUCUCUCAAACUCGACAUCAAGAGUCUCGAGGGCUUCUCUACUUCCCUGCAUCCUUACGAUGUCAAAGCCCCAAUUCCAGAUGACCUUGCCGACGCCGAGAUCCUCGUUACUUGGACAAACAGCGCCGAGAACCUAUCCGACGCAGCACGUCGCUUGAAGAACCUGCGCUGGAUCCAGUCCCUCGCUGCGGGUCCUAACGAUGUUCUAGCUGCUGGAUUUCCCUCAAACGUCCUCGUGACGACGGGCUCUGGCCUGCACGAUCGCACCGUCGCUGAACAUACCCUGGGUCUACUCCUCACGGCCGCCCGCCGCUUCGACCAAAUGCGCGAAUACCAACUACGACGCGAGUGGCCGCAACACCUAGGCGGUCCGCAGCCCGACCGCCCAAAGGACCGCUUCACUACCCUGCGCGACGCAAACAUUCUCAUCUGGGGCUACGGCAACAUCGCCAAAACCCUGGCCCCGCACCUGACGGCAUGGGGCGCAACGGUACGCGGUAUAGCUAGGUCGGCGGGUGUCAGAGACGGCGUGGAGGUGUACGCGGAGGACAAGGUGCCGGAACUCCUACCGCAGACCGACGCGCUGGUGAUGAUUCUGCCCGGCUCGGAUAGCACGCGGGACGUGCUGAACAAGGAGCGGUUGGCGCUACUGCCGGCGCACGCGUGGGUGGUUAAUGUCGGCCGGGGCACGAGUAUAGACGAAGACGCGCUGGCGGACGCGCUGGAGCAGGGCAAGAUUGGCGGCGCGGCGCUAGACGUGUUCAAGACGGAGCCGUUGCCUAAGGAGUCGAGGCUGUGGGGCGCGCCGAAUUUGCUGGUUAGCCCGCAUGCGGCGGGUGGGAGGCCGCAGGACGCGGAGCAGCUUAUUGCGUAUAACCUUCGGAGGUUUUUGGCGGGGCAGGAGUUGAGGAAUUUGGUGUAGCAAUUACGGAGUAAACUGUGAGGGGGAGGGGGGGAAUAGGGGCUGGGCUGGGCAUGGAGAGAGAGACUCCCUUGGCUUGCAGGCUGUGCGAGGGGGAUGGGGGUAUUCCCCAACGAUAGAAAUGAAAAGAGCUAAUAAAUACUAUGGUGAUGUUAGUGUUUAAACUAGAAUCUAAGAUAAUGGCAAUCUUAUAAUAUG